AUGUCAGAUAAUCCAGACAAGGUCAAUGUACUCAGUGUCCGCGAUGCUGAGCUUCAUCGUCUUCGUCGCAAAGCAUGGGACAGAGGUCUGGGUCCCAAAGCUCUCACUACCUACCAGCCCGACAUCCAGCGAAAGGUGGAUAUUUUCAUCAAGCAGCUCAACGAGCGCCUCGGCCAAAGCAUGGAUAUCUCAAAGUGGACGAUGUAUUUCUCUUUCGACAUCAUGGGGCGCAUCGCAUUCAGCAAAGAUUUUCAUCAGUUGAAUGAGGCGAAAGAGCACUUCGCAAUUGCCGCGAUGCGCGACCAAAUGGCCCAAGUUGGACUUAUGGGUUCGGUUCCUUGGUUGAUGCAUAUCAUGGUCCGCAUUCCCUUCCUCAGCGGUGCAACGAAGAUUUUCUUUGACUACACGAGGAAGCAAAUAGAACAAAGGAGAGAGGAGUGGCAUCGAGACGCAACAAAAACUCCUACAGACGUUAUUUCAUGGCUACUCAAGGCAAAUGAUGAGGGUCGUCAUUUGGGUCCCCCUGGAGAUGAAGCUCUUUAUGAUGAUGGCAGACUGGCCAUUAUAGCUGGAAGCGAUACGACUGGAGCUACGCUGGCCAAUAUUCUGUACUACCUCAUAGUCAAUCCUGAUAAAUACCGUAGACUACAGAAAGACAUCGAUGAGGCUUCGAAAUCCGGGGACCAUAAAUCUCAUUUGCCAUAUCUUGAGGCCAUCAUCGCAGAAACCCUUCGACUGAAGCCUGUUGUUCCCAGUGGACAGCCAAGAGAGACUCCACCAGAAGGCCUAUUUAUUGACGAAGUCUGGAUUCCCGGCAACAUCAAUGUACUUGUUCCUCAAUGGGUUGUUCAGCGGGAUGAACGCAACUACAAGCGUCCUUUGGAAUUCCUUCCAGAGCGCUGGAUAGAAGAGGGGAAACACUUGAUCGUCGACGAUCAAGCGUACUUUCCUUUUAGCAUUGGCGCGUAUGCCUGUACCGGAAAACAACUUGCGCUUCUACAAAUGCGAACACUGCUACGUCGGGUUGCGAGUGAAUUCGACAUUUCGUUUGCACCAGGGGAGGAUGGCAGGAACUUUGACACUGGAGCUAAAGACACUUUCACCAUGGCUGUUCCAUCGCUUCCAGUGGUAUUUGAGAAGAGACAAGAGCCGGUUAUAGAGCAGUGA